CCUUGUGACCUCCUGAGCGGCAGGCGCCCGGGGAUAGUACGCGGCAAGAUGGACAGCGAUUCUGGCUGGAGAAAGGCGCUCUUCCUCGCAGGCGGGACUGUAGCAGCUGCGGGACUGUUAUGGUACUUAUUCCAUGAAGGCGAGGAGGAGGCUUCGGCCAGUUCGACAGAUGUGCUGUUUUACCGCGUCACCGACCCGAAGGGCGCUUCCAUCGGUAUUCGAGAGGAGCCUGACGUUAAGUCGACCCGGACAGGCAGGCAGCUGCUCCCCCACCAGGUCUUCCAGGUGUCCGAGGUGAGGGAGGAUGGCGAGCAGACAUACCUCCGCCUGGCGGAUGGCCGGGGGUGGGCCUUCACCCACAGCUCCAAAGAUGGGCGCCUGCUGUGCGAAAAGAUCAGCCAGGAAGAGGCCAUGCAAGAGUUGGAGCAGUCCCAACCUACCAGCAGAGAGAUGAUGGCGCAGAUGCAGUACUUAAUGGAGACCCAGCCCGAAUUGCGGGAGCAAAUCAUGGCCUCGCCAGAAGUGCAGCAGAUGAUGAUGAAUCCAGAGAUGCUCCAAUUCGCUGCUCAGCAAAACCCGAUGGCCGCAGAGGCACUGAAAGAGCAGCAACAAUUGCAUCAAGCACUGGGUGCAGAUCCGCAGGCUUUGGCGGAAGCACUCAGAGCAGCGCAAGCGAGAUGA